AUGGUAACCCUUUUCCAGCAACUUUUCACCUGCCUUGAGAAGAGGGACGAAGACCUCAAUCAGGAGUUUCGGGGCCUACGCCAAUCUAUCCUCACAGCUCCUCACCAAGCGGAACUCGUCAGUGAGAGCCCAAGAUUGGGUCUGCCAACACCAGGACGACAAAGGCUCGACGCAGCAGGGACUUCAACUCCACAGCAGGAUCCCCAAGCAGUAAUGAGAGCAGCCCCAGCACCAGGAGACCAGUCCAGCAGUGUUAACGUUCAUCUUCCAGCAUUCCUGAGGAAGGAGCCAAAGGUGCCCUCAUACCAGCAGGGGGAGGACAUUGAAAACUACUUGCUGAGGUUUGAGCGAAUGGCCAAGACGUGGCAGUGGCCGGAGGUAGAGUGGGCCUGCAGGCUUGUCCCAUUGCUCACGGGCAAGGCCUUAGAGGCUUACACAGCAAUGGAUGAGGGGCUGUCCAACGUCUACAAGGGCUUGAAGGAAGCGCUGCUGAUGAAGUUCGACAUCUCCUCGGAGACCUACCGUCAACGCUUUAGAGCUGCAUCGACGCCAUCGGGUGAGUCACCAACAGAGACGUACCACCGCCUCAAGGGUCUCUACCGACGAUGGGUUCAACCAGAGGAGAAGACACAGGACGAGAUCGGUGAGGUCAUCAUCCUCGAGCAACUUCUACAAGUUCUACCACACGACAUUCGAACCUGGGUUCGAGAGCACGAGCCCAAGGACGGGCUUAUGGCGGCCAAGCUUGCGCUGCAGUACCAUAAUGCACAUAAAGGGGGCCCACCACGACCUGCAGCACCCGCUCCAAGGAGUCUCCGAGACACAAGGGACAUCAGAGAUACCCGAGAUGGUGGAGGUAACUCUGGGGGUUAUGUGUCUGGGAGGAGGGAGGUAAGGGAUUAUGCAGUUCGCUCUGAUGGGAGGGGUCUGACCUGUUUUUACUGCCGACAGCAGGGGCACAAGGCUUCAAUGUGUCCGCUACGUAAAUCCAAGCUCUCAGGUUACUGUUAUGUGCCCAGAGAGGGGGAUGGUGUUCAGAAUAGACAGACUGGGGAAGGGUCAGUCUUGGUACCUGUAAAAGUGAAUGGUAAAAGUCUUACUGCAAUGAUUGACACCGGCAGUUCCCUGUCGUUGAUCAGAAAAUGUAAUGUACCUGUUAAUGACAUUGAUUACGGUCACCAGACACUGAUCCAAUGUGUCCAUGGUGACCAGUCACAGCAGCCCACAGCUGAACUCACAGUGGAGAUUCAGGGUCAGAAAUACCUCCUCAAAGUUGGGGUAAUGGAGAAGCUACCGUUUGAGAUGAUUUUGGGGAGGGAUGUGCCUGUACUCUCUGAUCUGUUGGGAAGUGUGGGGGGUCAGCUAUAUGAGCAGUCAGUUUGCCAGUCUGAUGUUCAGGUGUCAUGUUCAGUUGUCACUCGUGCACAGGCCAAAGCUGGUUUACAACCUCUGCCUGACUUGUGUGAUAGUCUGUGUGAGGGGGGAACCAAAGGGCCCAGAAAGUCACGCCGCCAGCGGCGUCUUGAGAAGUAUGUGGGAACCCCUGUACCUGUUGCUGAUGUGUCUGGGUUAGAAGUGCAAUGGGAAGUUCCACAAAAUGUUGCUACACUGCAGAAGUCUGAUGCAACCUUGAAAGGAAUCCCAGAUGAAAUCCUGACGGACCAAGGCACAAACUUCACUUCACGACUGAUGGUUCAACUCCACCGACAGCUGGGCAUUAAACGCUUGAGGACCACUCCCUACCAUCCCCAAACGGAUGGGCUUGUAGAGAGAUUCAAUCAAACGCUCAAGAAUAUGCUGAGGAAGUUUGUGGCUGACACUGGUAAAGACUGGGAUAAGUGGUUACCCUUUCUGCUUUUUGCUUACAGGGAGGUGCCUCAGGCAUCGACAGGUUUCUCACCAUUCGAACUCCUCUAUGGAUGGCCAGUGCAGGGACCACUGGACCUGCUGAAGAAGUGCUGGGAAGGUUCCCCAGUAGCUACCUCAGGACAGGGGAUUGUCCAGUACGUUCUCCAGAUGCGAGACAGGCUGGAGCGGUACCGAGAGGAAGCUAGGGCAAACCUUCAGCAAGCCCAGAAGGCCCAGAAGCGAGGGUAUGACCAGCACGCUCGCCACAGAGCGUUUGAGCCAGGACAGAAAGUCCUGCUCCUCCUUCCCUCGUCUACCAGCAAGCUCCUUGCGCAGUGGCAAGGGCCGUACCUAAUCGGGAGGAAGAUGGGCCCGGUGACCUACGAGGUGCUGCACCCGGACAAGGGUAAGGAGAAGCAAACCUACCAUGUGAACCUCCUCAAGGCCUGGGAGGAGAAAGGGGAACUCUCCAAGGUAAAGUCCUUUCUGGUCCGCAGAGUAGAAGAAGAGGACGAGUCAGAUGGGGUCACAGAGGCAUGGAAAGGAUGA